CAUUUCCCAAAUCCAAAGAUUCAUCAAUCAUCUCAAAAACACAAUCUCUUCCUUCAUCAUAGAAGCAGAAAGAGAAAAAGAUUUCCAUUUCAUUAAUUCAUCAACAAAAUGAAGAAUCAAAUACUUGAUCAGGUGAUUGGAGUUCCAGUGAAAUCAACUACAUAUCGAGUUGAGAGAACACCGAGACGAUACUUACCGGAUGCUACCGGCCAGUAUCGGAUUCAAUCAUCUUCUGAAGGUUCUUGCACAUUUAGAAAAAGCAAAGGGAAUUUCAUACUUAAAAGGAUGAACGAACUUGGGAAGAAAGCUGAUACUUUUGCACAACAUGUGAGGCUGGGGCCAAAGAUCAGUGAAACAGUGAAGGGAAAGUUGAGUUUGGGGGCAAGAAUUCUUCAAGUAGGAGGAGUGGAUAAGAUAUUCAAACAAUUGUUUAGUGUUGGGGAAGGAGAGAAGCUGAUGAAGGCAUGCCAAUGCUAUUUAUCAACAACAGCAGGUCCUAUAGCUGGUUUACUUUUCGUUUCAUCUCAAAAGGUUGCCUUUUGCAGUGACAGAUCAAUCAAAAUCCCAUCUCCUAAUGGAGAAUCCCUCAGAGUCCAUUACAAGGUUAUGAUUCCACUUGAGAAAAUAAAGGGAGUCAAUGAGAGUGAAAACAUGAAGAAACCAUCACAAAAGUACAUGGAAAUUGUGACGGUAGACGAUUUUGAGUUCUGGUUUAUGGGGUUCUUUAAUCACCAGAAAGCUUUAAAAUUCCUUCAGCAAGUAAUGUACCAAAGACUACUACAUGAUGUACUACAAGUUACUUUCUAGGUGGCUUACGAUCGAUAGCGUUGCCCUUUGUUUCAUCAGAUUGUUUUUGUUGAUGAAAUGUGGAAAAAUCCAUCAAUUUUACACAUGUAUAAAGAUUUUCCUUCCAUUUAACUCCAUGAACAAAGA